AGUGAAUAAAUAUGUGACCCUUAUGAAGCUGACAGCAGUUUAUUUGUGCACAUGCACGGGGGAGGGGAAGAAGGAACUAACAUCCUGCUUACGGCCCCUGAAGCCUGGGGGCCCUUUCUGCGUCUCAUCCUCAGAGGAACAGCAAGUUUUAUUUUGAAAGUCUACUGGACGUUGUUGCUAAAGUGACCACAGAGCUGACACCAGACAGUUUGUUAUGAAGUGUGAAAACCUGCAUGAAGACACCUGCAGGCUUAUUGUCUGUUUGUGUAAGAAGACAAACUGUUGUUAGCGUCACUGGCUGCAGAGCAGUGCUGACCAGCUUCACUUGGGUCCACAGCGUCCGGCCUGACAGCAUCAUGUUCAGACUUUGCAGCAGAGCUCUGGUUAAGAUGGGGAAAAUGAAGCACUUGGUGAAACCUGGAUCAGUGACUAUGGUCUCUGGCAGACACCUGAGCCAGUACAUCGAGCUGCCCAGGCUGCCUGUCCCCCCUCUGCAGCAGACCUGUGAGCUCUACCUCAGUAUACUGGAGCCCUUCGUGGAGGAAGAUGAGCUGAGGAAAACCAAGGAGCUGGUGGAAGAGUUUCUGAAAGCAGGAGGGAUCGGAGAGAGACUGCAGAGGGCCCUGGAGAGGAAAGCCUGCACCACUGAGAACUGGUUGACAGACAAUUAUGUGAAGUUUGAAUACCUUAAUGCCCGCAAACCCGUGGUGAUUUUUUCCAACCCUGCAUUGUUGCUUAACCCAGAAGACUAUGGAGAUAGGAAGCAGAUAAGGUGUGCCGCCAUAGCCAUAGCAGGUUUUUUGGAUGUAAUAACAAUGUAUUACAAGGGGACUCUGUAUGACCACAUGGGAGGGAGACCAUUGUGCAUGAAGCAGUUCGAGCAGAUGAUAUCGUCCUGCCGGAUCCCCGGUCUGAAGACAGACACAUUGGUGUUCCAUAGCAAGAGCUCCAGCCCCACCAAACACAUCACUGUAGUACACAACUGUCAGUUCUUUAAGCUGGAUGUGUACCACAGUGAUGGGACUAUGCUGACAGUCGAUCAGCUCUGUGUUCAGCUAGAGAAGAUCCGCAACUCUUCUCUGCAGACCAACACAGAGCCUGUCGGCAUCCUCACCACCCAGCAACGUGACGUCUGGGGCAAAAUCUACAACAACCUCAUCAAGGAUAAUGCCAACAAAGAGUCGCUGUUGGCUAUCGAAAGCAGCCUUUUUACAAUUUGUUUGGAUGGAGUGAUGUCCCCGGCUGAGGAGAGUCACAGUGCUCCUGUUCUUCAGAUGCUGCAUGGAGGGGGCAGCCAGUGGAGCAGUGGAAACCGCUGGUUUGACAAGGGGCUGCAGAUCAUCGUUGCACAAGAUGGGACCUGUGGUGUGAACUGCUCUCAUGCAGCUGCUGAUGGUAUGAUCCAGAUGAGCAUCACUGACUACACUGUAGAACAGAUGAGAAAACAUCUGCAGAUGCAAGCUCCCCCAGGGCCUCUGCCUCUGCCUCUGCCAGCACCCCAGAAGAUCCACUUCAACCUCACUCCCGACAUCAAAAAGGAUAUUGAGGAGGCCAAGCAGCACAUGGACACAUUGGCCCAAAACCUCGACCUGACUGUGACGGUAUUUCACCAGUUUGGGAAAAGCGUCCUGAAGGCCCUCAGGAUGAGCCCGGAUGCUUUUGUGCAGAUGGCUCUGCAGCUGGCCUACUACAGGAUGCAGCUGCGGUGCUGUCCGGUGCUGGAGCCCACCACACUACGUCUGUUCAAUAUGGGCCGUUUGGCAGGGAUGAAUACGACCACGGGUGCCUCAGUGGCCUUUGUCAAGGCCUUUGAUGACCCCACAAAACAGAGCUCAGAGAAGGUUGAGUUGUUGGAGGAAGCUAUAAAAGCACACAGACGGUAUAGUAUGAUGGGGAUCAGUGGGCAGUCUGUAGAAACACAUCUCUUUGGUCUGGAGUUGCAAGCUGUUGAGGAAAAUAUCCCCAUGCCUGAUAUCUUCACAGACACCUCCUACAUUAAAGCCUUUGACUACAAAAUCUGGACAAGUCAGGUGACGUCCCAGACCGGAUGUCUGCCCUUUCUGGGCCCUGAAGAGCCCGGUAUAUUCAACGUGUGCUACGGUAUUAAGAAUAAUCACAUCGACUUCAUAGUGUCCCAUUUUGAAGCUUCUGAGACGAGCAGAGAAAACAAAGCAGCACCUCUGGUCCGAGCUGUGGAGGAAGCGCUGCUGGAUAUGAAGACCCUGCUGGAACAAACUCUGAGAACCAAACUGGAAAUGAAUGCACACUUAAAGCAAUAGUUUGAUAUUUCGUGUUGAGAGUUGGAUGAAAACAUUUUCAUGUCUGUUCUUUGAAUGUAAAGCUACCAUAAUUUAACUUAAAGACUGGAAACAGGCAGCGUCCCGAGGUGAUGACACCAGCCUGGGAGCAGCAGGCUGGAAGGUGAAGGCAGGACGUCAGUGUCAGACACAAAGUCCACCCGUUAAUCAGGCACAUGUGGAAACAGUCACAUGUUCCGUCCAAUCACAGUGCAUGUAACAGCUUAACAAACCAGCUUAGUAAUUCGUGUUAAAUGUGCAGCAUGUGUUCAUAUUCAUUCAGAAGUUGUGUAUUGUUGUUGUGAUAAAAGCUUCAAAUGUUGCUGUGAGCCCUAACUGACUGACUGAUUCAAAGAGAACAUCAGUUCAAUAAAUGGCUGGAACACCCUGCAGUGAGCAGGGUGUUCCAGCAGAAUCUGCUUUAUCAACCAGGAAUGUGAAGGCAUCCAAGAAACUUGACUCUGUUCAGGACAAAAGGCUGAAAAAAGGGUAAAGGGAAAAUAAAGGAUCCAUGGAAGUAAA